AGGAGACAUCUAGAGGGUGGAGGAACAGCGAGGGGCAAGGGGUGUACAUAGAGAAAGAAGGGAGGAGCAAGGAAGACAGGAGAGGAGAGGAGAGGGAAUAGCAUUGGGAAGGACAGAGCAGAGGGAUAGAGGUAUAGCAUUGAGACACAGGGAAGACAGAGUGGGGAAAAUAGAGAGACGAAGAGGGGAGAUCCUAGCAAGGCAGGAAAAUAGGAGGGAAGAACAGAGAAGAACAUAAGAGAAGAGGGCAGAGAGAACAGCGAAGAGGUAGCAGAACAGCAGAGAGGGGAAGAGGAUAGAGGGGAGGGAGGAACAGCAGAGAGGAAGAGUGGAGAGGGGAAGAGCAGAGAGCAGGAGAGUGAGGGACAGCAGAGAGGAGAGCAGAGAGAGGGAUCCGCUGUAAUCCCCUGCUAGAGAUGGCGGCUCACCGGCUGGUGCUGAUCAGACACGGGGAGAGCACUUGGAACGAGGAGAACCGCUUCUGCGGCUGGUUCGAUGCCGACCUGUCCCAGACGGGGAUGCGGGAGGCGAGCAGGGGGGGCGAGGCUCUGAGCGACGCCGGCUACCAGUUCGACCUGUGUUACACGUCGGUGCUGAAGAGGGCCAUCCGCACCCUGUGGGCCGUGCUGGAGGGGCUGGACCAGAUGUGGCUGCCUGUGGUGAAGAGCUGGCGGCUCAACGAGAGGCACUACGGGGGACUGACCGGCCUCAACAAGGCGGAGACCGCGGCCAAACACGGGGAGCAGCAGGUCAAGAUCUGGAGGAGAUCCUUCGAUGUUCCCCCUCCUCCCAUGGAAGCCGACCACGACUACUAUGCCAUCAUCAGCAAGGACCGUCGCUACACUGACCUGUCGGAGGAGCAGUUGCCUUCCUGCGAGAGUCUGAAGGACACCAUUGCCCGUGCCCUGCCCUUCUGGGAGGAGGAGAUCGUGCCGCAGAUUAAAGCCGGGAAGCGGGUGCUGAUCGCAGCUCACGGCAACAGCCUGCGAGGAAUCGUCAAACACCUGGAAGGCAUGUCCGAGGAAGCCAUCAUGGAGCUGAACCUUCCGACGGGAAUCCCCAUCAUGUACGAGCUCGACAAGAACCUGAAGCCAGUCAAGCCCAUGCAGUUCCUGGGAGAUGAGGAGACCGUGCAGGCAGCCAUGGCUGCCGUAGCAGCCCAGGGCAAAGCUAAGAAAUGAAGCUCGGCACAGAGAGAGCUGUGUAGAAAGAUCAGUAGAACCCCACCGUACAGCUUCUCAAAAAUAUUCUAUAAAUGGUUCUGCAAAACCAUGAGACCACAUAGCUCCUUUGUUUUAGAACACAAAGUGCUGGAGUAAUUUGGUGGGUCAGGCAGCACAUCUGGAGGACAUGGAUAGGCAACGUUUUGGGUCAGGACCUAUCUUCAGAGUCUGAAGUACACAGAUGAUAGUGGAGGCCAAGUCAUUGGAUAUUUCUAAAGCAGAUGUUGGCAGGUUAUUGAUUAGGAAAGGCGUCAAAGGUUAUGGGGAGAAGGCAGGAAAAUGGAUCAGCCAUGAUCGAAUGGCAGAGCAGACUCGAUGGGCUGAAUUGCCUAAUUUUGCUCCAAUGGUCUUAUGGUAAUGGAUCAUAUACUCCAAAGAUGUUGCCUGACCCGCUUCAUUAUCCCAGUAUUUUGUGUUUUAUGCAAGACUCCAGCAUCUGCAGUUUCUUAUGCCUAGCUCACAGUUGUAUUGUCUUGAAUCACCAUAUCCAGUGUUUGGUGAGCUGGCUUGAUGUGUCCUCUAUGCCCUUUUCCAUGUCUUCUCUCUCUCAUUUUGGCUUCUCCUCUUUGUCCUCCCUUCUCCUUUGUCUGUUGGAGCAUAUGACCUGACAGGUAUAUAAAAUUAUGAGAGGCAUAGAUAGGGUAGACUGUCUAAACCUUUUUCCCAACAUGGAAACAAAUCAAAUAUUAGAGGGCACAGCUUUAAGGUGAGAGGGGCAAAAUUUUAAGGAGAUGCAUGGGGCAGAGGGAGGUAGGUGCUUGGAACGCACUGCCAGGGGUGGUCAUGAAGGCAGAUACGAUAAUGGUGUUUAAGAAGUUUUAUAUGUACAAAAAAUGAUCACAAGCUGCAUUGAACUUAGAAACAUAGAAAAUAGGUGCAGGAGUAGGCCAUUCGGCCCUUCGAGCCUGCACCGCCAUUAGUAUGUACAGGCUUGGCCAUUUUAAUUGUUGGGGCAUAAGAACACUUUGGAUCAAGAUGAUGCAUCAAGAUCGCCAACAAGAUCAUUAGUCCCGUUCACCUUGACAAGGGAAGAGUAGAGUUGGCACCCGUGCAUCGGCGAGAGAUGGUGCUGGGGCUUUGACAUUGUCCUGCAUGAGGUGGGGAAUGUUCAUCUGUGCUUCUUGGGGCGGCACAUUGGCGCAGCGGUAGAGUUGCUGCCUUGCAGCACAGAGACCCAGGUUUGAUCUGGACUACAGGCGCUGCGU